AUGUCGUCGACGGGCGCGCGCCACUCGAGCACGGGUGCACGCGCGAGCGAGCGCGACGCCGCUGCGUCGCUGCAGGGUGGUGGCAUGGCAGAAGCGGACCGCACGGCGCAGUUCGAGGCCGUCGUGCGCCGCCUGACUCCGCUGCUGCACCGAUGUGCCGCGAGUGCCCGCGUGACGACGGGCACGGCCUACCUGCUGCUCGUCCACGCCCUCGCAUCCAAGGGGGUCGCUCGGGCGCUGUGUGGGGGCCGCGACGCGUGCCUCAAGCGCCACAUCUCAUCCAAAUCUUCGGUAGAAACCAUCAGAAAGGCCUGCGCGCGGUACGCCGGGGCGGACAUGCCGCCCGAGAUCAUGGCGGGCAUCGGCGACAAGCAGCGGCGCAUGCUGAGCGCCGCGGCGAAGCUGGUGGCCGCGCUGGCGCUGUUCCGCCUCGCGGGGCAGCAGGUGGACCACAAGCUCGAGCUGGCGGCCUCGCUCGCGACGAAUGAUCUUUUGAAGAGGUUCAAGUCACAGCGGGGGGGCUGCGCGAGCUGCCCCCGCUGCACGGUCCGCGGCAGGCUCGGGGAGCUCCUGCCCCGGCUGUGGGGCCACUUGCGACGCAGCGGGGAGGAGGAGGAGGGGGGUGCGCCAUUCGCGUUCCUCCCGGAGUUCGUUGAGAGCGUCUCAGACGCCUUCGCGAAGGGGGCCGGAGCCUCCUGGCACCUCGACCUGGAGCAGCUGUCGGGCUGGGUGGGGUCGGUCGUCGAGCGCCCCUCCGUCAGGCACAUGCGGAGUUCGUUUGCGACGCACCUCGACGGGCACAUCGCUCUCGCGUUCCAGACGGCGUGGCCCUGCGAGGGUGCGCCGGCCCAGGAGCUGCAGCGCGGGCGAGUCGGGUCAGCGCGCGGCGCGAAGAGCGGGCGUGCGGCCGCUGCUCCGUCCCUGGCCCGCACCCCCGCUCUGCGUUCCCAGCACAGAGUCCUUCGCAGCAGCAAGCGCGCCGGCGCGGGGGCCGGCGCGUCGGGGCACGCGAGCGCCGACGACAGCAUGCAAGACAGCAGCGACAGCGACAGCGACAGCGACAGCGGGUACGAGGAGGACGACGGCGCGCCGGACGUGCCGCACGUCGAGCGCCUCGCCGCCGCUCUCCGCGACGCCUGGACGAACCGCUGGGAGGAGCGCAAAAGGGCCGCCGCGGCGCAGGAGCCAGGGGUGCAGACGCCCGGCAGCGACGGACGUCCGGCCUUCGCGUCGAUCUUCUCCGGGCUCGGGGCGUUCGCGCUGGCGCUGGAGAUGGCGGGCAUGCGUCUCGUGCAGACCUGCGAGUGCGACGAGGGCAAGCGGCGCGUCCUGGAGCACUGGUGGCCGACGGGCACCACCGGCGUGGACCACGGCUGCUCGGACGUCGGAGGGCUCGUCCUGGCGGAGGGGAUCACGUGCGUGGUCAUGGGGCCGCCGUGCACGGACCUGUCGAGUGUCGGGAAGCGAGAGGGGCUCUUCGGUCGGGAGAGCGGGCUCGUCGCGGAUGCCUUCGCGGCCAUCCAGAGGGCCGCGCAAGGCGGGCACGGCCCGGAGUGGGUCGUCGUGGAGCAGGUGGACGCCGCGCGGAACAGCGGCUCGGCGCUCGGUACGUCGGGGCCCGGUCCCGGUCCGUCGGCCGUGCAGGCGAUGGUCGCCGCCCUGCACGCCAUGGGCUACGGCAAGGUCUGCACGCGGUGCUGGAGCCCGAACGAGGACGCGGGCAUCCCCGUGCGCCGCCACCGCGUGUUCCUGGUCGCGGCCCGCACGCACGACGCGCGCCAGGUCCUGUUCCGGCCCGUGCCGCGCCCCGGCACGAGCGCCACGUCCGGCCCCCCCGCCUUCUUCUUCACGCCCCCGCGCAUCGGGCCCGGUGGCGCGGUCGCGUGGGCGGAGCCCGCGGCCCCCGUGCCCCGGAAGAGGAGGGCGGCGCCGUCGGAGGCCUCCCGGCGCGCGGCGAUCGCGAUCGACCUGUCGUGCGUCCGCGCCGUCCCCAGCGGGGAGGGCGCGCACACGCUGCCGUGCCUGACGGGCUCGAACGGCUGCGUCGCCGUGCUCGACGGCGCGCGGUCGCGCAGCUUCCUGAUCUCCCCGGAGAUCCGCGAGCGGGCCGCCGGGCUCCCGGCGGGCUUCUCCGCGCGGUGCAACAGCAGGAGCCCUGCGACGGCGAGCGACGCGGCGCGUGUGCGCGCGCUGGGCUCGUGCUCGGGGGUGCUGCCGGUCCUGUACAUCGGCGCCGGCAUCGUCCACCUGUAUCGAGGCCCGGGCUACGCGGGCAGCAACGACCCCCUGCUGGCCCCGCCGCUCGACGGCUCCCUGGACCCGCGCGACUUCUCCCCCGACGGCUGCUUGGACGCGGUGAGCAGGGCGCGGGAGCAGCAGGGGCGGCCGCCGCAGGACGAGGUGCGGCCGCUCCCUUGGACGUUUCCCGCAUGGGCCACGUGGUCGGAGGCGGCGCUGGCGGGUGGCGGCGCACCGGGCGAGGACGGCGACGAGAGCGGCGCCGUCGUCGUGCACAGGCGCCUCGCGAAGGGGCUGGCGCCCGGCGGCUGGUUCGGCGGGCAGCCGCUGACGCCGCUGGGCCGCUGGAUCACGCUGGCGGAGUCCAACCUCUGCGGCGUGCUGGACCACUCGGAUGUCGACAACUGGGGCUCGCAGCUGCGAACGAACUACACCGGCGAUCCGGACGCCGCCACCGCGGCGCUGCGCCGGGCGCAGAGGCACAUGCGGUCGGACUGA